AUGAACUCGGCGACCGUCACCAGCCUGGACAGUGACAGCUCGGCUGCCUCUCAGCCCACCCGCCGACCCGUCCCUCUGCAGAAUCAGAAAAGCAACGGCACGACAUCCGAGACCCCAGCCGACGUCACCAAGGCCACCGCGGAUGAGUUGAGAAAGGCACUCCAGAAAAAGUAUCGCCAUGUCGUCGCCGUGCACUCUCAGCUACGCCCUUCAACACUGAGCCACGACUCCACUGCCGCUCCUAGUUUCCUUGGGUUCAGGAACCUCAUGGUCAUCGUGCUGGUCGUGGGAAACCUACGUUUGAUGAUUGAAAACCUGCAAAAGUAUGGCGUCUUGAUAUGUCUCCACUGUCAUGACUUUCGCAGGUCUGACAUCCUUCUUGGCCUGGGCCUCUACUUUCUCAUUCCAUGCCAUCUCUUCGCCGCCUAUCUCAUUGAACUUGUUGCCGCACACCAAGCGCGCGGCUCUCGCGUCAGGACCAAAGACGGCAGUGCGAGUCCGACCCAUGACCAAAGCGCCAGGUUCAAGUCGACAUGGAAGAUCGUCGCCUGGGCGCACGCCCUCAACAUCACGCUCGCCCUGGCGGUCACGACGCUCGUUGUUUACUUCAACAUUUACCAUCCCCUGAUCGGCACUCUGACCGAGCUCCACGCCGUCAUCGUCUGGCUCAAGACGUCCUCGUACGCCUUCACCAACCGCGACCUCCGCCACGCCUAUCUCCAUCCCGUUAAGGGUGAGCUCGACGCCAUGCCCGAGAUCUACCAAAAGUGCCCUUACCCCGAGAACAUCACGAUGAGCAACCUCGUGUACUUCUGGUGGGCGCCAACCCUCGUCUACCAGCCCGCCUACCCACGCACCGAGAAGAUUCGGUGGAUUUUCGUCGCCAAACGCCUGGGCGAGGUCUUUUGUCUGAGUGUCUUCAUCUGGUUUGCAAGCGCGCAGUAUGCUGCGCCCGUUCUUCUCAACUCGCUCGACAAGAUUGCCUCUCUUGACAUUACCAACAUUAUGGAGCGCCUCAUGAAGCUGUCGACCAUUUCCCUCGUCAUCUGGCUGGCCGGCUUCUUCGCCCUGUUCCAGUCGUUCCUCAAUGCCCUCGCCGAGGUCAUGCGCUUCGGUGACAGGUCUUUCUACGACGACUGGUGGAACAGCCCCAGCCUCGGCACCUACUGGCGCACGUGGAACAAGCCCGUCUCGCAGUACUUCCGCCGCCACAUCUACUCGCCCAUGGUCGGGCGCGGGUGGAGCCCCUUUGUCGCGAGCGUCGCCGUCUUUUUCCUCUCGGCCGUGCUGCACGAGGUGCUCGUCGGCGUCCCGACCCACAACAUAAUUGGUGUCGCAUUCCUCGGCAUGUUGCUGCAGCUGCCGCUUAUCGCCAUCACGACGCCACUCGAGAAGAUGAAGACGCCGACGGGCCGUAUGAUUGGCAACUGCAUCUUUUGGAUAUCCUUCACCAUCCUGGGCCAGCCGUUUGCGGCACUCAUGUACUUUUACGCGUGGCAGGCCAAGUACGGGAGCGUGUCGCGGCAGAUGGCGCUCACGACGCCGGGGACAUUGUGA